UUAUUUAUCGAUAGGAGGCGCGCCAAAACAUCCACACUAAAAUUCAAAAUCGCAAAAUUAACAUUACCCAGCACUUCUUUUAAUGACAUUGGCCAACACUUGACAUUUUCGACCGGCAUUCCUGUCGUUAGCCAAAAAUCAUGCAAAGCGAUUCGGAAGAGCAAACUUUCCAACUCCAGGCCCUAGAAAUACGCGAGCCUGGAGCCAACUUUGAUCCCAGCAAGCCCCCGGAAACCGGCGAGGAGUACUUGACACACAUGUUGUACGAAAGGAAGCGCUGUCCAGCGGUGGUCACCAAGCGAUCGUCCAACAUGGGCGAGACGGCAUCCGUCAGUAACAUGGAUGUGCUGGAGAACCCUGCCUUGCCACCCAUCAAGGGUCUGCUGCCGACACCCGAGUGGCGCGAUGUCCAGGUUAAUUCCUUCCAAGCAGCUCGCUCCAAGGUGCUCGUCAUUCGCAUGGAGCUGGCCAAUCAGAAGUACGACCAGUCGGCCGAACCCCCGCUCACCUUAGACAACGACAAGUGGAAGGAGUUUUGCCAGCAGUUCGAACCACUGUUGAGCACAAUGCUGCAUCUGAGCCAAAGUGAUUUGGAGCACUUGCUGGAAAUGCUGAGCAAGUGGCUGCAGGAGCAGUCUCCGUCCGUGGAUCUCCUGCAGGAUGCUUGGCUAGCGCGCUGGCUGUAUGCCACCCUGGUGUGCCUCCACCUUCCAUUAGAGCCGCAUGUGUUCAGCACUAUCCGCUACAUAGCCCGCUCUUGCAUCUAUUUGCGCAACCAACUCAAGGAAGAAGAGUUGCAGCGAGCUGCUCCCUACAACCUCCUGCUAACCCUUAUCGUUUAUGUCUUUGGCCAAAACGAUUUUAAGGAAUAUGUUUGAGUGAGGGGUAUCCCCAAAAACAGCGAGAGUCUUAUGAAUAAACUACUAAUAGAAUAAACUGACCAAUGGUUGCUAAAUGAAUAAGCCUAGACGCUAUUGUAGCCCUAAACUCAUAGAUUAUAAGUUUUCUUUUAGCAUCUACUUUAAAUAUAAAUAAAAGAGCACAACAUUUAAGUUUAUUUAAGCAAGGAUUGGUACUUAAAAUAAGAAUCAAGAAUAAGAACAAUCAAUAAACAUUCGUUUCAAUAACAUUUAA